CCUCGCGGGGUCCCUUUCGGCGUGGCCCCCCUGCCGGAAUCGAAUCUCCCGUCCUCUCCCUUCCCCUCCCCCUCCCCCUCCCGACCCGUGAGCGACGCAUCCCUCUGCAAGCCCCCCACCUCUCCGACGAGCCGCCGCCGUUUCCCCGCCGGCGGCCAGGCGGAAGAUGGAGGGAGCCGGAAAGGAUGGCAGCCCGUUGAGGAAUUACCGGAUUGGUAAGACUCUGGGGAUUGGCUCAUUCGGGAAGGUGAAAAUUGCGGAGCAUAUAAGUACAGGCCACAAGGUGGCAAUCAAGAUUCUCAACCGCCGCAAAAUCAGAGGCAUGGAGAUGGAAGAGAAAGUUAAAAGAGAGAUCAAAAUAUUGAGGUUAUUUAUGCACCCACAUAUCAUCCGCCUCUAUGAAGUGAUAGAUACACCUGCUGAUAUUUAUGUGGUUAUGGAGUAUGUUAAGUCUGGGGAAUUGUUUGAUUACAUUGUUGAGAAAGGUAGGCUGCAGGAGGAAGAAGCUCGCCAUUUCUUCCAACAGAUUAUAUCCGGUGUUGAAUAUUGCCAUAGAAACAUGGUGGUGCACCGUGAUCUAAAGCCAGAGAACCUCCUAUUGGAUUCGAAGUGCAAUGUUAAGAUUGCAGAUUUUGGCUUAAGUAAUGUUAUGCGGGAUGGUCAUUUCCUCAAGACAAGUUGUGGUAGCCCAAAUUAUGCUGCUCCUGAGGUGAUAUCUGGUAAACUAUAUGCUGGGCCUGAAGUCGAUGUAUGGAGUUGUGGGGUUAUUCUUUAUGCUCUGCUAUGUGGUACUCUGCCAUUUGAUGAUGAGAACAUACCGAACCUUUUUAAGAAAAUAAAGGGUGGUAUAUAUACCCUUCCCAGUCAUUUGUCAGGUGCAGCAAGGGAUUUGAUCCCAAGAAUGCUAGUUGUUGAUCCUAUGAAGAGGAUCACUAUUCGUGAAAUUCGUGAACAUGAUUGGUUCAAGAUUCAUCUCCCACGCUAUUUGACUGUGCCUCCACCAGAUAGUGCACAACAAGUUAAAAAGGUUGAUGAGGAAACUCUCCGUGAGGUUAUAGGUAUGGGGUAUGACAAGAACCAGUUGGUGGAAUCAAUCCAAAAUAGAUUGCAAAAUGAGGCAACUGUUGCAUAUUAUUUACUUUUGGACAAUAGGCUUCGUACGACCAGUGGCUAUCUUGGAGCUGAGUGUCAAGAAGCUAUGGAGUCCUCAUUUUCAAAUAUAGCAUCAUCUGAAACACCAAGUUCAGCACGUGGAAAUCGACAACAAAUAUUCAUGGAAUCUCCAAUUUGCUUGAGACCACAUUUUCCAGCUGAAAGGAAAUGGGCUCUUGGGCUUCAGUCACGAGCGCCUCCAAGAGAAAUAAUGACUGAAGUGCUGAAAGCUCUGCAGGAAUUGAAUGUUUAUUGGAAAAAGAUUGGACACUACAACAUGAAAUGUAGAUGGAAUCCUGGCUUUCCUGGUCAAGAGAAUAUGAUUCAUAACAACCAUAGCUUUGAUGCGGAAUCCAUUGAAACAGAUGACCUGAAUGAGAAGUUAAAUUUAAUUAAAUUUGAAAUUCAGCUUUACAAAACCAGAGAUGAGAAAUACCUCCUCGACUUGCAAAGAGUCAGUGGACCGCAGCUCCUCUUUCUGGAUCUGUGUGCGGCCUUCCUAGCUCAGCUGAGAGUUCUAUGAUUACCAGUGUCAGCUUUUCAUCAGUCGCAUUACUUGUGUUUCACUAGAGGAAUGCCGAAUCGCUCACAAGAUGUAAAUAGUAAUCACUCCAGUAGAUUGAAUUUCUGGAGUAUGUAGAUUGUAGACAUGCGAGGCUGUCGUGCCUGGUUUCGACGGCUAUCUGCCGAACCAGACCUUGACAAGCAAGGUGCCUUCUGGUCCUUUAUAGCUGCCGGUGAAGGCACUAGGAUAUACAGUGAACUAGUUCAGUGCUUUUACUGCAUAUUGUCUCUAUUUACAUGAAUAAUUUCAGCUAUUACAAUGGUUAAUUGAUAGCUGAGCUGCUUACAGGCCACAGGAGAUGGCAUUUGAAGGCAUUGUUUAUAGCCGUUUGUAA